GGGGGGAAGCGACGAGGAGAGAGGGGGGAUUUGUUGUGUGCAUUGCCGAAGUAGCAUAUUCUGAAUGGGAUUGAUUGGCUCUUCCGCAUUCGUCCUUUCCGACAGAAGCAAAUGAGAAAAAAAAGAUCGGGGAGACUAUCCCGAGUGGCGCUUACGUGAAGCCCAAUGGGAAGCAUUGGGCGCCUCAUGGUGUGCUUUGCGACGAGCCCCACCUCGGGGAGAGGGGGAUAUCUCACCCGAUAGGUUGCUAUGGCGUCCAAGGUGUGGUGAGAGAUCGCUGCUCAUUGGCUGCCAUGCUCGAGACCGGCAGCCUUAUCCCCAUGCCCCCAUCUCAUCACCUCGCCCCACAGCCCUGCCCUACUCGCUGUUCCCCGCCUCAACGUCUUCAUCGCUCCUCCAUCCCUCCCCCUUGCUCAGGUGUGAGAGUUCAGACGCGGUAACUGUGAAAUCAGUAGUGAAAUGGCGAUGGCGACCGCGGCCGCAGGCCCCAAGCUCACUGCUCUGAGGAGGAGCAAUGCCUUCGGAGUUGGAGUGCAAGGCAUUCGCGCCACUAACCUGAAGGUGUCCGCUGUGAGCACCAGAGCUGUGCCUUGUGCUAAGCUUUCGACCUCAUCCGAUGGCGUUGCACAGCAAAUUUCAGUUGGUGCCAACGCACUAGCAGGUGCGAUGUUCGCCGCAAUGGCUACCUCCGAAUCUGCCUUGGCUUCACAGCAAAUCAUGGCUUUGGCUGAGGGUGACAACAGGGUGGUGGCUCUUCUCAUCCCCCUGGUUCCAGCUAUUGGGUGGGUGCUGUUCAACAUCCUCAAGCCAGCCUUGAACCAGGUUGACAAGAUGAAGGCUGCGAAGUCUUUGGUGGCUGGUGCUGGACUUGGAGCUCUCGCCUUGGUAGCAGCCCCUCACGCUGAUGCAGCCCAGGAAAUCGCACAAGUUGCAGAUUCUGAUGCAAGGGGUCUUAUCAUUAUCGGCCUCCUUCUACCUGCCGUUGGAUGGGUGUUGUUCAACAUCUUGCGCCCAGCCUUGAACCAGAUUGAAAAGAUGCAGGACCAGGGCAACGCCGCCGCAAUAACCCGCAAAAGGGGUGUGAUCGGUGCUCUUGGCCUUGGAACAGCGUCCUUGUUCUUGGCCCCACAUGCGGACGCUGCCCAGGAGAUUGCUACUCUUGCCGAUUCUGACUCGAGAGGGCUUAUCAUAAUUGGCCUUCUUCUUCCAGCUGUCGGAUGGGUCCUGUUUAACAUCUUGAAGCCUGCAUUGAAUCAGAUCAACAAUAUAGUUGAAGGUAACGACACUGGUGCUCCUGUCAAGCGGGGGAAGAAAUUCGGUGGCAUGAUUGGAGCUACUGGUAUAAGCGCCGCUGCGAUGUCUCUGUUGGCUGCUCCGAAGGCUGAUGCGCAGGUUCAAGAAAUUGCACAGCUCGGUGCUGACACCAGACCUUUAAUCCUUCUCUUCAUUUUGGCCCCCGCCAUUGGAUGGGUCCUGUUCAACAUCCUGAAGCCUGCCUUGAACCAAGUCGACAAGAUGGUUGAAGGCAAUGACGUGAAACCCGCCAAGAGUGGUAGGAGGAACUAGAGCCUUUCCCACAGCGGCCGAUUCUCCAGAUGAUGCUGAAACCUGAGAGAUGCGGCGCAUCCGGGUGAUGGCUAUCAUGCUUUAUCAUGUGGACUGUAUUAUUAGAAGAUAAGGGGAAAUCCAUUUGCCAUGCCGGUAUUGAAAUCUUAGUGCGGAAAUUUUCAUGGCAAAGGAUUCAGCAGGAUCUUUUAGAGGUACUUUUAUGAAAGUCUUUUGCGUCGACUCCUUCACAACUGACUCCAGUUCUUGUGGGGGCUCGCAACAGUACUGUGUAUAUGAAGUUAAUUCGUCGAAUCAAUCAUACGUUGCUGGUUAGAGUAAUCUAAUCGGUCGUAGUCGUAAACAGGGAUCAAAUUUUAUCGGA